ACGUCUGGUGCGGCCACCUACACUUUAUAUCGAUUAGCAAUGAACCUAGAAGCCCAAGAGAAAGCACGGCAAGAAGUUCUCGCUGCCACAAAGGACUGCCCUGGGACGUUCCCCGCACAUAUUCAUGAUCAACUACAUUACGUCAGAGCCUGCAUCAAAGAAGCAAUGAGGUUUCACCCCAUCGUACCAGGAGUGAACAGGAAAAUCAACCAUGAUGUCGUAAUGUCAGGUUACCUCAUACCCGCUAAUACAGUAUUACGCACUGAGCCAUUUGUAGCUGGAAGACUAGAGGAGAACUUUACUCGGGCGUCCGAAUUCCUACCUGAAAGGUGGCUACGGUCGAGCGACGACAUUUCGCAGAAGACAAGUGAUGGCUCUUGGCAGCUACACCCAUUCGCCUCUCUCCCGUUCAGCAUUGGGCCGAGAAUGUGCAUAGGCAGGAGAGUCGCCGAGAUGGAGAUCACCAUUCUUGUCGCCCAGGUACUCAAGCGUUACCGAGUGGAAAAUCACCAUGGUGACAUCGGAUUUCUUACGCAAUUCACCGCUAAACCCGAAAGACCAGCGAGGUUCCGCUUUGUCGAACUGUGAAACAUCGUCACCUAAGCUUUUUUAUUUGAAAAGUUCAGCCUUGAGGGCUUCAGAGUCAUGAGAGUGAUUACAGAAUACACCAAACAAGUAAAUGCCCGUGAAACAUACGCAUAGCCAGGGAACAUUAUUAGGGUUUUCAGAUAUAAACUUAAUUUUCCUGCCUAAUACGUGCAUAGAAAUUUCUGUUGGCUGCUUUUGAUUUUGCAUUAGAUAAGUACCCAUUCUCAGCAGCUGAAACGUUGGAAUCCUUGAACUCUAAAAUCUUUCUGCUGAUAAAACAGAAAGUUAUUGCUUUUGCUGUUGGGGCGUCAAUGCCUACAAUCAGCCACUUUUUCUGUGUUAAAGAGACACAUAAAGGCAAAUGGCCAUUUAAGUCAGAGUGAAAGUUAAAUGUAUGACAAAGUUUGAAACGAUCAUAUUAUCAACAGCAGUGCCUUACUUGCCAAAAAAAUUAAGCUAAAUGUAUUAUAUAACGUAUACCACGAGUGGAACAUUUUUGAAAUUAUCGCGACGAGGUGAUAGUGUCCGACUACAAUUAAUCGCUAGUAGUCAAACUUGAUACAAUACACAAAUA